GAUCAAAAAAAAUAGAAAAAACAAAACAAAAACAAAUGAAUGUCGAUAGGAUGUUCCUUCACAAAGUCUAUCAUCGCUUCUCCCUCCUCUCCCUCACUCCCCCUCACUCACUCCCUUUCAAGCCUCUCCACUUCACAUCGGUCCUUUCGCCCGCCCACCUCAGAACAAGGCGCUCCCCAUACGACGUUGUAAGGUCCAUCAGAACAUCCGCCGCCCCCAUGGCCACCUCGCGGCUCCGCAACCUCGUCCGCGUCAACGCUGGCGCUUCCGAAGAUGCCAGCGAUGGCGGAGCCACCAACGGCUCUGUCUCUUCCACUGCAGCUGCCGCUUCACUUGACGGUGAAGAAGAUGCGACUUUGGGAGUUAGAUACCGUCUUCCUCCGCAAGAAAUCAAAGAUAUUGUGGAUGCUCCGCCACUUCCCGCCUUGUCAUUCUCACCGUGUAGGGAUAAGAUACUGUUUCUCAAGCGGAGAGCGUUGCCACCAUUGGCAGAACUUGCAAGACCCGAGGAAAAGCUUGCCGGUGUUCGUAUUGAUGGAAAAUGCAAUACAAGGACAAGGAUGUCGUUUUACACGGGUAUUGGGAUCCAUCAAUUUUUGCCUGAUGGCACCCUUGGUCCGGAGAUAGAGGUGCGUGGAUUCCCUGAUGGUGCCAAGAUCAAUUUUGUUACUUGGUCCCCGGAUGGCCGCCAUUUGGCCUUCACCAUCCGGUUUGAUGAGGGGGAAAGUACUACUAGUAAGCUUAAAGUGUGGGUGGCCAAAGUUGAAACAGGGAUUGCUAAACCUUUGUUUAAGUCGGAAGAAAUAUUUUUGAAUGCAGUUUUUGAUAAUUUUGUUUGGGUGAAUGAUUCUUCUUUGUUAGUUUGCACCAUUCCUCAGUCUCGUGGCAACCCGCCAAAGAAACCUUUGGUUCCUUUUGGGCCUAAAAUUCAAUCUAAUGAGCAGAAAAGUAUUAUCCAAGUUAGGACCUUUCAGGAUUUGCUGAAGGAUGAGUAUGAUGAAGAUUUGUUUGACUACUACGCCACGACACAACUUGUUUUGGCCUCCUUGGAUGGGGCGGUUAAGGAAAUUGGUCCUCCAGCUGUAUAUACAUCAAUGGACCCCUCUCCCGAUCAGAAAUACCUUUUAAUUAGUUCAAUUCACAGACCAUACUCUUUCAUUGUACCAUGUGGAAGAUUUCCCAAGAAGGUGGAUGUGUGGACAGCUGAUGGGAAGUUUGUUAGAGAAAUUUGUGAUCUGCCCCUUGCUGAGGACAUCCCCAUUGCAUUCAGUAGUGUGCGAAAAGGGAAGCGUUCUAUCAACUGGAGAGCAGAUAAACCAUCAACACUCUAUUGGGUUGAGACCCAAGAUGAAGGAGAUGCAAAAGUGGAUGUUUCUCCACGUGAUAUAGUUUAUACACAGUCCGCUGAGCCACUUGAAGGUGAAGGGCCAACUGUCCUACACAAACUUGAUCUUCGCUAUGGAGGGAUUUCUUGGUCUGAUGAUUCACUGGCUCUAGUUUACGAGUCUUGGUACAAAACACGGCGAACGAGAACCUGGGUAAUUUCUCCUGGAUCAAAUGAUGUCAGUCCGCGCAUCCUGUUUGAUAGAUCGUCAGAAGAUGUGUAUUCUGAUCCUGGCUCUCCUAUGCUGCGGAGAACUCCUGCUGGGACAUAUGUGUUAGCAAAAGUAAAGAAAGAAAAUGAGGAAGGCACUUAUUUACUGCUGAAUGGAAAUGGUGCUACACCAGAGGGAGAUAUCCCAUUCCUCGACUUGUUUGACAUAAAUACAGGAAACAAAGAAAGAAUAUGGAAGAGUGACAAAGAAAAGUAUUACGAGACUGUUGUUGCUUUAAUGUCUGAUGAGGAAGAAGGGGAUCUGCUCAUCGAUCACCUGAAAGUAUUGACUUCCAAAGAGUCAAAAACUGAAAACACCCAGUAUUCUAUCCUAAGCUGGCCAGAAAAGAAAGCAGUCCAAAUUACAAAUUUUCCUCAUCCAUAUCCACAGCUGGCAUCAUUGCAGAAAGAGCUGGUCAAGUACCAGAGGAAGGAUGGGGUUCAACUAACUGCAACGCUAUACCUUCCACCAGGUUAUGAUCCAGCCAGAGAUGGCCCUCUUCCAUGUCUGUUCUGGUCUUACCCUGGAGAAUUCAAAAGCAAAGAUGCUGCUGGACAAGUUCGUGGUUCUCCUAAUGAAUUUGCUGGCAUAGGUCCCACAUCAGCUCUCCUCUGGCUGGCUCGAAGGUUUGCUAUUCUGUCUGGACCAACAAUUCCUAUUAUUGGUGAGGGUGAUAAAGAAGCAAAUGAUAGCUAUGUGGAGCAAUUGGUUGCAAGUGCAGAGGCUGCUGUGGAGGAAGUUGUUCGACGUGGGGUGGCUCAUCCAGACAAAAUUGCUGUUGGUGGACAUUCAUAUGGGGCAUUCAUGACUGCAAACCUCUUGGCACAUGCCCCUCAUCUUUUUUCUUGUGGAAUUGCUCGUUCUGGUGCUUACAACAGAACACUUACUCCUUUUGGUUUUCAGAACGAGGAUAGAACUCUUUGGGAGGCUACCAGUACUUAUGUAGAGAUGAGUCCUUUCAUGUCCGCUAAUAAAAUUAAGAAGCCAAUCUUGCUUAUCCAUGGAGAAGAAGACAAUAAUUCUGGAACUUUGACAAUGCAGUCGGAUCGCUUCUUUAAUGCUCUGAAAGGUCAUGGUGCUCUGUCCCGCCUUGUGAUUCUUCCAUUUGAGAGCCAUGGAUAUGCAGCAAGAGAGAGCAUCAUGCACGUGCUAUGGGAAAGUGAUAGAUGGCUUCAGAAAUAUUGCGUAUCAAACACUUCCAAUGUAAAUGCAGAUUCCGAUGCAAGUAAAGAGAACUUAGGCACAGGAUCUACAGUUUCCGUAAGCAAAUCAGUGGCUGCUAGUGGAGGCGGUAGUCCAGAGGUGUCAAAUUCUGAGCAUGAAGGAUUUGACUCGUUGCCGAGGUCAUCGUUAUGAAAAAAUUGCAGAUCGUGGCUUCUGAGAACUAGUUGGCACAUCAGUGUGGUGGACAAAAUUGAUGGCACAAGAUUGCCCUGUCAAAGUGCGAAGGCAACGACUCUUCCUCGUUGAACUGCAAUUUGUAUUUGUCACAAUUGCUAUGUAUCAUUUAUAAUUGUAUCCCAAACUUCUUUCGCUCCAAAAUCCUUCCAGUUGAUGGAUGUUUAGCAGCCAAUUUCUGGGAGAGGGGGUUGGGGUUAUAAACUUAUACGUGUUCCAUAACUUCCAUCUGUCGCUUUUGAUGUCAUAAAGCUCUUGAACGAAAAAUAACGUUACACAGACAAUCCAGUUGCAAUAUUGAAGAGCUAA